AGGCCGGAGCCGCCGCGCCCCUCGGCUCCCGGAGCCGCGGAGUUGGGCCCAGACUGUGCCUCCGCCCCGGGGUUCCGGGUUGGGGGACGGUGAUGACCCGUCGGACGCCCUGGGCGCGGCUCCUCGGCCCCGGGGAGCGCUGCGAGCUACAAUUGUUUAUCUAAAAUGCAAGGUCAACUCUGGAACCUUGAGUUGCCCUGGGUUGCAGGACUCUAGAUGCCCUGCACUGCUCUCUGCACUUGAGUCAUGAGGAUUCUCAGAGGCAGCUUCUGCUGGAUGCUGCUUCCAUUACUUCAGUGGGCAACGCAGGCCGCAGACCAUGUGGAGGUGGCGAAGCAUGUGAUCAAGCUGCACCGGGGUAGGGGCGCAGCCCUGGCACAAAGGAAGCAGUGGGCGCUGGACAGCUGUCGGAGGCUCUCUGGGCUCCUUCGCCAAAAGAACGUGGUUCUGAACAAACUGCAGAGUGCUAUCAAAGUGGUGGAGAAGGACACCAGCCUGUCAAACGAAGAGAAGCUAUUUCAGGUGCACACCUUUGAGAUUUUCCAGAAGGAACUGAAUGAAAGUGAGAAUUCAGUUUUCCAGGCGAUCUAUGGGCUGCAGAGAGCCUUGCAAGGAGAUUACAAAGAUGUCGUGAACAUGAAAGAGAGCAGCCGACAGCGUCUGGAGGCUCUGAGAGAGGCAGCCAUAAAGGAAGAAACAGAAUAUGUGGAACUUCUGGCAGCAGAAAAGCAUCAAGUUGAAGCCCUUAAACACAUACAGCAUCAGAACAGAAGUCUGUCCAUACUUGAUGGGAUUCUGGAAGAUGUGAGGAGGGCAGCAGAUCGUUUAGAGGAGGAGAUAGAAGAGCAUGCCUUUGAUGACAAUAAAUCGGUGAAAGGGGUCAACGUGGAAGCUGUGCUGAGGGUGGAAGAAGAAGAGGCAGGCGCCAAGCACAACAUAACAAGGGGAGAGGUGGAGGGUGGCCUGGGCCUCAGCAUGCUGAUCGACUCCCAGAACAACCAGUACAUCCUGACCAAGCCCAGAGAUGCCACCAUCCCACGUGCAGACCACCACUUCAUAAAGGACCUUGCUGCUAUAGGGAUGCUGUCUCUGCCGUGUGGCUGGCUGUGCACGGCAAUUGGCUUGCCCACGAUGUUUGGCUACAUCAUCUGUGGUGUACUUCUGGGACCCUCAGGACUAAAUAGCAUUAAGUCUAUUGUACAAGUGGAGACAUUAGGAGAAUUUGGGGUAUUUUUUACUCUUUUUCUUGUUGGCUUAGAAUUUUCUCCAGAGAAACUGAGAAAGGUAUGGAAGAUUUCCUUGCAAGGACCCUGUUACAUGACACUACUGAUGAUUGCAUUUGGCUUGUUGUGGGGACACCUGUUACAGAUCAGACCCACUCAGAGUGUCUUUAUUUCUACUUGUUUGUCCUUAUCAAGUACACCCUUAGUGUCCAGGUUCCUUGUGGGCAGCGCUCGGGCUGAGAAAGAAGGUGACAUUGACUACAGCACCGUGCUGCUGGGGGUGUUGGUGAUGCAGGACGUGCAAAUGGGACUGUUCAUGGCUGUCAUGCCGACACUCAUCCAGGCAGGAGCAGGUACAGCUUCCAGCAUUGCCAUGGAAGUGCUGCGCAUACUGGUUCUGGUCGGCCAAGUUCUUUUGUCGCUAGCUGCUGUUUUCCUUUUAUGUCUUGUUAUAAAGACUUACCUCAUAGGACCAUAUUACCGAAAGCUGCAUAUGGAAAGCAAAGGGAACAAGGAAAUUCUUAUUUUGGGAAUAUCUGCCUUCAUCUUUUUAAUGUUAACGGUUACAGAGCUGCUGGACGUCUCCAUGGAGCUGGGCUGUUUCCUGGCUGGAGCACUCAUCUCUUCACAAGGCCACAUGGUCACCGAGGAGAUCAUUUCCUGCAUCGAGCCCAUCCGCGACUUCCUGGCCAUCGUUUUCUUUGCCUCCAUAGGGCUCCACGUCUUCCCCACAUUUGUGGUGUACGAGCUCACAGUGUUGGUGUUCCUCACUCUGUCAGUGGUGGUCAUGAAGUUUGUUCUGGCAGUGCUGGUCUUGUCCCUCAUUCUGCCGAAGAGCAGCCGAUACAUCAAGUGGGUCGUCUCUGCAGGGCUCGCGCAGGUCAGCGAGUUUUCUUUUGUCCUGGGGAGCCGAGCGCGGAGAGCUGGCAUCAUCUCUCGGGAGGUUUACCUCCUUAUACUAAGUGUGACCACACUCAGCCUCUUACUUGCCCCAGUGCUGUGGAGAGCUGCAAUUAUGAAAUGUGUGCCAAGACCAGACAGACGGUCCAGUCUUUGAUGGCACAGAGGUGACAGUGGACCUUGGGAAGGGCAACUUGGUGAGAAGUGAGCUUUUCCAGUUACACAGUCCGUGGAGCCUUAUUCCUUAGGAACAGAAAAACACUCUAGCAAAGACAUGGUGUUUCCUGGCUUAUCAGAAUAUUCCUGUCAUAUUGUAAAUUUUUUCAGAGUAAUUUAUUUCCAGUCAAUUCAUUAUUCAUAGUAGAACUGUAACACUGCAUUUUACAAAUCGCCUUGACUAUUUUGCCUGGAUGUGCCUUUUUUUCUGAAAUUAUUAUUGACUUUCUGUUGUUAAUUCAUUGGUUCAUGUUUUUUUUUCUGGUGAAGAGAAAAAAAUUUUAAAUUU